AUGGAACAGGCGAGUGCGACGGUUGAAGUUGCCGGUCGCGAGGGCACUAGCAGACGGAGACGGCCGCCAAGGAAGAAGCCGGAGGCCGGAUCAGUGGCAGAUUCGCAGAAUGGCCCGUCCAUUGAUGGGUCAAAUGGCACAGGUAACAGCAGCUCCAGGCGAGGUCCAGGCAGGAAUCAGGGCCAGAAUUCAAGGCGAAAUGCAAAAAGUAACGCCCAGAACGGGUCGUCGGGUGAAACAGCAACAGCUGGUCCGGGUUCGGAGUCAACAAGUGAAGUUUCGAAGUCAAACGGGGGUCCUCGCCACGGGAAACAGUCGAGACCUAGGAACAACAGAAACCAGAAACAAGGCUCGGAAAAUGGCCUGUCAAAUAGAGACUCCUCAAAGAACAGUAGAAAACCAACGCCACGGGUUUCAAAACGAGAUCAGGAACUCAGUCAGGUUCUUGAAUUAUACGGCAUUGCUGAUUCAGCAGGUGAUGCUGGUUCAACAUCGGGAUCGACGUCGACCCCUGCAUACACCCUUGCAUUAGCCCCUUCAGACCCAGACUUUCCUUUUGAUAUGGACUUUCUUAUUUUUAGAUUCUAUCUUCCUUUGGAUUAUCCGGUAUCACGACCAUGGAUUUCCGUCGAGAACUCGGAUAUUCCUAAGGGCUACUCGGCUAAUGUCGAGAUGGGGUUCCGCCAGAUCGCUACGAAGGCGACGAAGAACCCCAAUCUUAUGAAAAUGUUACAGGAACUCAAUACCAAUCUUGAAACGUUUUUGAAAAUGGAGAAACAACAGACUAUAAAGAUUGUCAAGCACAAACAGGUUGCAAAGACUGGUGACUCGCGGGCUAAUGACGGUAGUAGUGCUGGAGCAGGGUCGGGUGGUGUUUCUUCUAGUGCCACCAGUCCAAGUCCUCAGACAACUAAUGGUUCUGCAUUUAAUCCUAUGAAAAUGUCGUUUGUGCCAAAAGCCAUGUCGGAUAAACGAAAACGACAAAUGGAUAUUUUGAUUAAACGACUGGGUGAUGUCUGUCAGUACAAUCCACAGGCAUCCACCAGUCAGAUCAAAGUGACUAUUACACCAGCACAUUCAGAAAUCCUUCCAGAAACACUCAACACUCCGUUUGUGGUGACACUGAAAGUUCCUGAAGAUUACGGCAUUUCCCCUUGUACAAUAACACUUCCUAAUAACGACGAUGCAUCUUUUAACGUCAUGAACAAUUUCAACGCACAUGCCAAGGCAGUUAUGAAAUCCUGGUCUUUGCUUGCAUUAAUGAAUUAUCUCACAGUUGAGCUCGAGAGUCUGAUGCUUCCUAGCUGGGUUUCCGAUAAACAGAAGAGUCAGUUAGCUGCUCAGGAGACCGCUCAGAAGGUUAAGAACACAGAAUCGAGCACGCCAAUCGAGUCGAAAUCCGAAACUGUCAAUGAAGUUGGUGAGGUAACUGCUACUGUAGACACCGCAAUUAGUACCACUUCGAACACCGCAGAAGAAACAUCGAAAGUCGAUGCCGACUCUGUAUCAGAUUCCGAUGUCGACUCUCGUUCUCCGGAGUCUGACGCUGAUUCCGACUCUGAAUCAGACAGUGAUGACGAAGACAAAACAUACACUACGAAAUCAACCAACUCUGGCCUCGCAUCUGACCAGCUCAAGAAAACCGGAACCGCUGUCGACUUGAUCGAUAUUCAAAUGACUAAUAUCGGUUUCCUCGAAUGUCACGCUCUCAGUCUCGUGCUAGCUUGUAACAAGUGCAAGACCGAAAACGAGGUUCACAACGUCGUAUCUGGUCCGUACGGAAGAGAGUCAAAAGCCACUCCUCUAAGAUGUGAAAAGUGUAACUCAUUACUAGCAGUAGCGUUCCGCAAGAACUUUUUGCAUUCUCACAGCAACAACGCGGGGUACCUUGAUCUGUCUGGCUGUUCUGCUGCCGAUAUUCUCCCGUCAGCUUUCUCUCCUACCUGUGGACAGUGCACCACCUCAUGGCCACAAGCCUUCCGUCGAGUGGAAUUUGGCCGUGUCAACAACUUCAACUGCCGUGAAUGUCAUGCGAAGCUGUCUUUACUAAUACCAGGCUUUUCUUUCGAUGUCAUCUCGACUGAAAACCUCGCCAAAGAUCGAAUCAACGCCAAUCUCGCCAAACGCAAGGACAAGACCCAGAGUCUCGGUCUUGUAGGCGGCACCCCACUUCCCAACAAUGGAUCAUGCCAACACUAUAAAAAGUCCAAUCGUUGGUUCCGAUUCAGCUGCUGUAGCAAAGUGUACCCCUGUGACCGCUGUCACGACGAGAAAGCCAACCAUCCUAACGAGCGUGCCCACAGAAUGAUCUGUGGCAAGUGUUCUCGCGAGCAAAAUUUCUCCGAUGUGUGCCUCUUCUGCCGACACUCGUUCGACAACAAACACUCACCGUUCUGGGAGGGCGGCAAAGGCACCCGUGACAAGGUCAAAAUGAGUCGCAAAGACCCUCACAAGUACAAGAGAGUUAAGAAUUAG